CGUGCGUAGCGUCUGCAUUUCCGGUUCCGGUGGGCCGCCGGCAGCCCUAGUGCUACGUGUCGCUGGCGUGACGGCUGGCCGCCCGCAGGUAAUCAUGGAUCAGGUAAUGCAGUUUGUUGAGCCAAGUCGGCAGUUUGUAAAGGAUUCAAUUCGGCUGGUUAAAAGAUGCACCAAACCCGAUAGAAAAGAAUUCCAGAAGAUUGCCAUGGCAACAGCAAUAGGAUUUGCAAUAAUGGGCUUCAUUGGCUUCUUUGUAAAAUUGAUCCAUAUCCCUAUUAAUAACAUCAUUGUGGGUGGCUGAAUCCACUUUGGAGACAAUUUCAUCAUGGGGAUUAGUGAGUGAGUGAGGGUUUGAGAAGCUCGCGAAGUAAACAUUCAUCUAAAUUCUUGGUGUUUUUUUCUGGUUUUAUCCCCCUUCCAAGAUGUUUUCUAUUCCUAAAUUAAUUUUGAAAUAAAUUUUUUCCAUCACA